GUAAUUAAGCUUUUGUUGGUCGAUUUUAGCGAUGAUAUAAAACACCCCGGCUGUCCUGACACCUUCUCAGACAGUGACCACAGCUCAAUACAACCGCAUCAGGACGACAAUAUUAUCAGCUCAAGCAUCUCAUAUCUGCUAGUGUUGCAAUGCUGUUGUCGCGACUACCGGCUGCACUGCUACUAGUGCUGGGCUGCAUGGUAUGCGCGCUCGUCGCACAGACGUUCCAGUACUCGCGCGGCUGGACCAAUGGCCGCAAGCGAGCGCUUCUGCAGCCGCCCACUCCACUGCAGCUGCAAGCGCAAGCAGCCGCACGCGCACGCGACAUCGACUGCCAGCUGCAGCGACUGAGGGCCAUGUUCGACGGUCGCACCGACUUGGAGCCGCCCUGCACCCUCUCCUGUCUGCAUCACUCCUGUGCCCCACAACAGUCUAACGCUCAACAGCUAUAGUACUAAUCAUUUUGCCACCACAAUAUAUCAUUUAUAUUAGAUGUUCUCAUAUAUUUGUGUAUAUUGUAGCCUAUUAAAUUUGUAGCUCAACAGCUAUGGUAUUGAUACGUCGGUGACUACAUUAUAUGUUCAUAUUUAUGUAUUGAAACAUAUUUAUUUAUUAUAUUGUAACAGCUAUGUUAUUGAUAUGUCGGUGACUACAUUAUUCGUUCAUAUUUAUGUAUUGAAACAUAUUUAUUUCCCCAUAUGGAUUUAUUAUAUUGCAACAGCUAUGGUUUUGAUACGUCGGUGACUGCAUUAUUUGUUCAUAUUUAUAUAUUGAAACUAUAUUUGUCUCUUUAUAUUGAUUUGUUGUAUUGCAACAGCUAUGGUAAUGAUACGACAGUGACUAAAUUAUUUGUUUAUAUUUAUACAUUGAAAAAUAUAUUUCUUUCUCAAUAUUGAUCUAUUACAUUGCUUUGAAUUUAUAGCUGAACAACUAUAUGGGUGGUAUUGAUGCAUCAACGAUUGAAUUAUUCGAUCUCAAUUUGUAGUUGAUUCCAAUUCAUUUAUAAGCUUAACAGCUAAAAAAAUAUCACUGAGCUCAAAUAAUAUGCAGUCAUUAUUUACUUUGAGCUUGGUAUAGAAGUUUAUUGAUAAGCCGGUUACUAUGUUCUUACAUAUUUAUAUUAUACGGUAUAUAAUAAAUUAUAUGAGUAGGCCUACAUUGCUCGAUUUACUUCAUCUCGAUUUUACAUCGUUCAAUUUACUUCAUCAUAGUAGCAAUCAAUAACAUGAGUAAUGUUCAGUUGAAUUUGAUAGGCUAAACGAUACUUUAAUGAUUUCAAUAUACAAGGUUCUUAUUAUUCAACAUUGGCUGCAAUUAUUCUGUAACUUAUUGGUUGUGAAUAAGAAGGGGAGAUUUAUUUCAUGGUUGUCAAUAAAGGGUAACUACUGAAUGUAGCUACCCUACAAGGCUACGGUUGUAGUAUUAUUGGAUUUUGAAGACUGAAUAUGAUGUCAGUUAGCUUUGAAAUCGCACUAAUUAGUAUCUUUCAUUAGAUUUGUAGUUGUUGAAUAAAUUGAUUGAAACAUACAAA